AUGGCUUUCACACGCCAGGUUGCAUUUCCAACACCGCUUACGCCCUCAAUGCCCCUGCCUGGUCCCGUUCCAGAGCAGAUCGAGUCAUUACCAAUAACGCCGCCCGACAUUUCGGACUGCUUUGGGGAGAAGGACGUUAAACCUGACAGCCGAGCCAUCAGGAAGGCCUUGCAUGUGCUCGCAACCGAAAGAUUGGCCCUUUCCCACCUUGAACACCUCUACACGACUUCGCAGCAUAUUCAAGACUCUCUUCUGAGGGCCAUCGCUCACAUUAUCCAUUCCGAGUCUCGGCAUGGGAAAACCAUCUUUACGGGGGUGGGCAAGUCGGGCCAUAUUGCGAAGAAACUAGUGGCAACAUUUGUGUCGUUGGGCAUUCACGCACAAUUUUUGCAUCCCAUCGAGGCCUUGCAUGGCGAUCUUGGAGUCAUUCGUCCGAAUGAUACCAUAGUCAUGAUCACCUUUUCCGGAAAAACACCCGAACUUCUAUCUCUGCUUCCGCACCUCAACCCUGCCGUACCCUUGGUCGCGAUGACUGCGCAUCUCAACCCGAGCACAUGCCCUGUUCUCUCGCACCCGACCAGAUCCGGUUCCUUUGACGUUCUCUUACCCACGGUCAUACCUGAAUCCGAGAUCGCAUCCUUCGGAGUGUCCGCGCCGACGACAUCCACAACAAUUACCCUCGCAUUGGGGGACAGCUUAGCGCUGGCCGUUGCCGAAGAACUGCAUUCAUCUUCUGGGCUUCAGACGCCCGCCAUUUUCGCCGCGAACCAUCCUGGAGGGGCUAUCGGCGCCGCCAUGAAGCCUUCACCGCCAGAAAUCCCCCGGAUGUCUGACGUGGCAACGAAAGUGUCCGAGGUGCCCAUUGCCGUGGGACGACCUGGCAACACGCUGAUGGGCCUGGAUCUUCUUGUGACUGCUGUGCGGUCACCCCGUGGAUAUGUUCGAACGUCUGCAAAUCAUAUUGUUGGACCUCGGCGGAUUCAAAAUCUACAGGACCCUGGCCUGCCGAUCUCGGAGCUGGAGGACCAAUUCGGCAAAAUCGUAGUUGAAAAAGGUGAUUGGAUUUCCGUACUCAGCACCACCACAGUUGAUGAGUGUAGGCAAUGGAUUCGCCAGAUGCGGGAAGAGGGCACCGGGCGAGGCAAGGAAUUUCUUCGGCGAGGAACCCUGCUCGGCAUUGUCGAGCGUAACGAGGUCACAGGCAUCGUCGAGAUAGAGGAUGUGCUGGGUGAAGAUUUGUUUUGA